AUGCCGCUCGAACAGAUUCGUCCGGUCGCAGCGCUCAACUCGUCCGAGUCGCUGCGACGCCAGAGCUACUUUGGCUCUCCGCAAGCUUCCUCCAGCAACCACUUGCCUUUCUCUCGCGACGAUGCUGGCAGCGACUCGGACAGGGAAAACGCCGAUGAGAAUGACGACGUGCCCUAUUAUGAUCGCUUCAAGCGCCAUUCCACCUCCUCCGUCAGGAGCGACCCCAUGAGCUUGGCAAAGCUCGGCGGCGUCGGAGGCGUCACCCGCUCCGGAAGUUGGGGUCGCAACUCUCUUCCAGAUACCUCUUCUUCGUCUCGACAACCGCUUCGAGCGCAGCAUUCAAUGCUCGCUCGGUACCAGGAGGAGGACGACGGUGAGCACGAGGAUUAUGCUGUCUCAGCCAGCGACGACGCUCACCAACGCAGUCCAGAUCGUGGUCAUUCCCUACUCUCAAGGUCAAACGACUCAUCUAAGCCUACCGAAGCACCAGCGUCCUCCCGCACAUCCACUGCCUCUUCCGCCGCCGCAUUCUCCCUACGCUCGCUAUCCGACCGCAAUUCCACCGGCAGCGCAUCCAGCCUGGCUUCCUCUGCCGUCUCCCCCAGCAGUGACUCCGAACACCUCACUUCGACGCCGCCAGCUGAGUCGUCGAGCAUCGGUGCGAAACCCGCUUCCGAGACCGCAUGCACGGGACCCUCGCAAUCACCUUCACCCUCUGCUACCGCUCCAUCCAGUCCGGCACAUCACCAUGCAGUCGCGGCAGCCGAGAUCGCGGAGGCCCGCGCCACAGACCAGGAGGACAUUUCGGAUUCGACUAGUCAAGGCACAGCCGACGCUGCCACGCCCUCGGUCGAUUGCGUUGGUGCUUCAGAUGAAAUGUCCGCGCAAUCAACCGAUCCGACACAUACACAGCGAGCAACCUCAAACCGAUCCACCAGCUCGUCGAUACUUGGCCUCUUGCAAUCGCCAACCCCGUCGGGCAUCAGGGGCCAGCGAGUCGACUCUCCGCUAUCUAAUGCCGGUCUCUCGCCCAACGCCGUAGAAGUCUUGUCGUCCUCGGUCACCAACGCCUACUCCCCCUUGAUACCCCGUAAGCAUUCUGGUGCCAUCAUGCUGCGCUCGCGAUCGCAGCUGGCUCUGCAUCCUGGCCUCUCCAUGACCUUCGCCAACGCAGAGGGGGGCAGAGCGGCUGCCCGUGAGCGCGCUCGAAAGAACACUGGCUGGGAGAACGCUCCCUUCAGCGUCCUCGAAGCGCAACGCCACGCUCGCGCCGCCGCCUUUUCGCAACCUGCCUCCCCGGGCUCCACCGCGGCAGCUGCGCCCGUGGCAUGGGACGCUUCGACCCCUGUCUUUGUGUUGCAGCCCGCUGCCAGGGUGACCGAGCAGGCCACCACAACGUCCCUCCAGUCGUCGCCCCGCCCUAGCCAUCGGCCUGCGUCUACCUCACAAACGCCGCCUCCGCUCUCGCUCCCACCAAGAAGCGUGGACAGCGGUGAGAACUCUCGGCGUCCUUCGCUGGUGCCACGCCAAAAGUCGGAGCAUUCGCUUUCUCGUGCGGCGCUCGCUCGUCUUGAUACGGUUCUGGGACUUCAAGUCAACGACCGUUUGGAGCCAGCGCAGUCUUCGUCUGCCGACGCCGCGACGCUCUCGAUGCCCACUGGUGUGAGGAAUCUGCACAGCAGAUCGCCUUCGGGCUCCGCCGUUGUCGGCGCCAAUGGUCUGAUGAGGACGCCGACCACAGAAGAAUGGUCGCGAUACCUGGAGAGCCAAGGGGUCGGCUUGGCAGGCAGGAGGAGCAGAACAGGCACCAAUCGCAGCACGAGCUCGCGCUUUGCGCUGACAGGCUUGCAGUCCUCCGCCAGAAGCGACAUCGAUGCCGGCACAGGCGACUACGACGACGACAGUGACGCUGACAGUGACGACUCGGACAGUCACGAUCUCGGCGCCGAGGUGCUCGAGAAGCUCAAGCAGCUUGGGCUCAGCCGCGCUGCAAGUCGAGCAGGAUCUGUCCUCGGCGACGAGCUCAUGAGCUUGCACGAGGAGGACGAAGACGACUUUUCCCCCGUGUCGCCUCAGACAGACAGGAUCCUCCCCCACACCGACCUUGAGCCCCUGACGCCUCUGGCUUCAGACAAGAUGGUGCUCGCUCAGAUUCAAGGCGGGCCCCUUGCCAAUCUUCACGGCGGCCCCAGCACGUCUCAAGCCCCGGUCGAUCGCGGCAUCACAGUGCGUCUGCCGCGCAGCAAGCGACCCACCUUGCUCAACGAGGUGCACAACGUCUCGCAACUCUAUCCACACGAGCACAAUGCGAACAAGAGUAUCGCCGAUUUCGAGAUUGUUUCCGACAUCGGACGAGGCGCUUACGGUCUCGUCAAGAAGGCUCGCAUGAAAGGUCUCGAUGGUCGUCCACAAGGCGAAGAGGUCAUCAUCAAGUACAUCAUCAAGAGUCGCAUCCUUGCCGACUGUUGGCGUCGCCAUCGUGUCCUUGGCCCCAUUCCGGUCGAGAUUCACGUCAUGGAUCAGCUUCGACGAAUCGCCUAUGUUGCACCAACAAAGGCGCGACCGUGGUCACCGAGCCGUCCGAAGACGCUCGAGGAGUACCGAGCACGCAAACGCUUCGAAGCAGAGCGAGAAGAGGCGCCGGCGCAGCCAGAAGCGGCCUCAGUCUCGUCGACGUCGACAUCCCAUCCGAACAUUUGCAGAAUGCUCGACUUCUUCGAGGACCACGAAUUCUACUACCUGGUGAUGCCGUGCUUUGGCCGCGGCCAAGAUCUCUUUGACUAUGUCGAGAGUGCGCCGGACGGCCUGGCGGCGUCUCAAUGCCGAAGCAUCUUUGGCCAGGUGGCCGAUGCGCUGUGGUUCCUGCACGCCAACAACAUUGUUCACCGAGACAUCAAGGACGAAAAUGUCAUUCUCGACGGCGAAGGCAACGCGCAGCUGAUCGACUUUGGCAGUGCAGCCCACGUCCGGCCCGGCAAGCUGUUCGACACGUUCAGUGGCACCCUCGACUACGCUGCAGCGGAGAUCUUGCAGGGAGAAAAGUACGCGGGCCAGGCGCAGGACGUCUGGGCGCUCGGCGUCGUUGGAUUCGUGCUGCUCUGCGGUGAAUGUCCUUUCUGGAACGGCGAGGAAGCGGUGCAGGGCGUGGAAGAAGGUACGCGCGCAGCGCAGACGUUGAAGGAGCGGUGCCUGAUUGCACGCGGCGGGCCGGCGGACGCAGAGCAGGCGCUCGAAGACAAAGAUAUCGACAUAACCCCGCUGGACCCGGCCUGGUCUCCGCGCAAGGACAAGGAAGGCGCCGAUCCAGACGGAGGCGGACGUGUCGACGACUUUGUCGAUCUCAUCUCGCGCUGUCUCGAGCUGGAUGCCGAAUCGAGGCCAUCCGCCGAGCAAAUCUGCCAACAUCGCUUCCUGGCCGGGUUUGCAGGCUGGACUGGUCCUCUUGGUUGGCAACGACUCCGAUCGCCGAUUGUGCCGUCCUGCACGAUCGCUAGCGAAGGCAAAGGGUCCACUAUCCUAUCCGCAGCAGCAACAGCGGCCCUUUGA